GGGUGGUGCUGCUGUCGUUCGCGGCGCCGCCUGACGUCGCUUGCUGUGCUGGCCGCUCUGCUGAGCUGAGCGGGUUCACUAGGUUCAGGUCGGCGCAGCGUGAUCGCAGGCUGCGCGUGUUCAAUUUUGCGGUUGUGCACCGGCGGCGUUGAAUUCAAAAACAGCGUGUUUGUGCUUCCUCGUGAGUGUGCGGCCCGCGUGAAAUGCGCAAUGGCCGGUUUCGACGACGUCGGGAUCGGGGACUUUGUGCUCCUCGAGAACAUCACCACGGAUGCGUUUUUGGAUAACCUCAAAGUCAGGUUCAAUGCAGGCCGUGUGUACACGUACAUCGGUGAGGUGUGCGUCUCGGUCAACCCGUACCGGACGCUCAACAUCUAUGGCCCUGACCAGGUGGCUGACUACAAGGGCCGCGAGAUCUUUGAGCGGCCCCCGCAUGUGUUCGCCAUCGCAGACGCCGCUUACAAGGAGAUGAAACGCAAGGCCCGCGACACCUGCAUUGUCAUCUCUGGCGAGAGUGGCUCCGGAAAGACUGAAGCCUCCAAGAUUAUUAUGAGGUAUUUAGCGGCCAUCACAAAUGUCACAGGCCAGCAGGAAAUUGAAAGGGUCAAGAACAUCCUACUACAGUCCAACUGCAUCCUUGAGGCAUUUGGCAAUGCCAAAACUAACCGCAAUGACAACUCAAGUCGAUUUGGAAAGUACAUGGACAUCAACUUUGACUUCAAGGGAGACCCUUUGGGAGGACACAUCAACAACUACCUUCUGGAGAAGUCCCGUGUGAUCUACCAGCAGCCUGGUGAGCGAAACUUCCAUGCCUUCUAUGAGCUGCUGUAUGGAGCACCUGAUGCACAGCUGUCUUCCUAUGGCCUCAAGCACGAGCCCCAGCUGUACUUUUACACCCGGCAGGGAGGCUCGCCCAAGGUGGAGACUAUCAACGACCGGGCCGACUUCAAGCAAGUCUGCUCGGCAUUGAAGCUGCUUGGAUUUUCACAGGCCGAGUGCGACACACUGUGGAAGAUUGUGGCUGCCAUCGUGCACCUGGGGGAAGUGAGCUUUGUGGUCGAGGAGGACCAGGCCAAGACCAAGGGCAGCCUCAAGCAACUCGGUCAGCUCCUCUCUGUGUCCGAGAAGGACCUGAGCCAGGCACUGUGCCUCCGGGUCAUUGCAGCUGGCGGUGAGGUCAUGCAGAAGGGGCACACGGUCACAGAGGCCGUCUAUGGGCGGGACGCCUUUGCCAAGGCCAUCUACGAGCGCAUGUUCUCCUGGAUUGUGGGCCGAGUGAACGAGGCUAUUGAGGUACGCACCAACGGUAUACUUGGUCGCAAGAACACAGUCAUUGGAGUUCUCGACAUCUACGGAUUUGAGAUCUUCGACAACAACAGUUUUGAACAGUUCUGCAUCAACUACUGCAACGAGAAGCUGCAGCAGCUGUUCAUCGAGCUGGUUCUCAAGCAAGAGCAGGAAGAGUAUCUACGAGAAGGAAUUCAGUGGCAGGAUGUUCCCUACUUCAACAACAAGAUCAUCUGCGACCUCGUUGAGGAGCCACACCGUGGAAUCAUUGCCUUAGCUGACGAGGCGUGCCUCAACGUUGGCAAGGUUACUGAUGAGAUGCUUCUGGAGACACUGGACAAGAAGCUUGCGAACCAUAAGCACUACACCAGUAGAAGACUCACACCAACAGACAAGUCACUGGAGCACCAGAAGCACUUCCGCGUUCUCCACUACGCAGGCGAAGUGACUUACUCCAUCACAGGCUUCCUCGACAAGAACAAGGACACCCUGUUCCAGGACUUCAAACGCCUCCUGUACAACAGCUCUGACCCACUCAUCAAGUCCAUGUGGCCUGAGGGUGCAAAGAAUGUGCAUCAGGUCACCAAGCGCCCCCUCACAGCAGGCACACUGUUCAAGAAUUCCAUGGUGGCGCUUGUGCAGAACCUAGCCUCCAAGGAGCCUUUCUAUGUUCGAUGCAUCAAGCCUAAUGAGCACAAGUCACCGAUCCUGUUUGACGAGCAGAGAGUUAGGCACCAAGUGAACUACUUGGGACUGCUUGAAAAUGUCCGUGUACGACGAGCAGGAUUUGCCUACAGGCAGGACUUCACCCGCUUUCUUCGAAGGUACAAAAUGAUAACAGAAUACACAUGGCCCAAUUACCGCGGGGGCUCGGAUCGUGACGGCUGCAAAGCCAUCAUCGACAAGAUGGGAUUUUCGGAAGAUGUCAAGUACGGCCGCACCAAGAUUUUCAUCCGGUCACCGCAGACACUGUCACGUUUGGAGAAUGAGCGCCUCUCCAUCAUCCCUCGCAUUGUUGUGUUCCUCCAAAAGAUGUGGCGUGGUGCCAUCGCACGAAUGCACUACCGCAAGACAAGAGCUGCCAUCAAAAUCCUUGCUCACUACCGCAAGUAUGCCGCUCGGAAGUACAUCUCUGACCUGAGGACGGCCUUCAGGAACGUACACCAGACCAAGGACUAUGGCAAGAACAUUGCUUGGCCUCCACCACCAUGUUGCGUCCGGGAAGCUGUGCCAGGACUCAAGGCCAUCUUUUCACGCUGGCGUGGCAGCAUGAUCCUCCGGAAGGUUCCACGGGAGCAGUGGCCACAAUUGCACCUCAAGGUCACAGCUGCAGACGUGCUGGCUGGCAGACGUCGUGACUGGGGACAGUCGCGCAAGUGGCAUGGCAACUACCUCUCCUUGACGGCUGAAAAUGAUGCCUGCCUGCCAUACAUCACAUCUGUCACAGGACUGAGGAGUAAGGACAAGUUCCGCAAGGUCGUCUUCUCCAGCUUUGUGAAAAAGGUGAACAGGCACAACCAGGCGUCUGACCGUGCACUCGUUGUGACCGACACCUGCAUCUACAAGAUGGACAACAAGAAAUUCAAGUCCCUCCGGUCACCAGUUCCCAUCAGUGAUCUCACAGGCAUCAGUGUCACUUCUGGCCCAGACCAGCUGGCCAUUUUGCACCUGCGUGGCAACAAUGAUUUGGUCGUCUGUCUGGUCACAUCCAACACUGCAGACGGCAACAGAGUCGGGGAACUUGUCGGUGCUGUCGUACGUCAGUGGCAGAGGUCUCAGAAACGGGACCUACGUGUCAUGGUGGCCACACAGCUGCAGUGUAUGCUGGGUAACAAGGCCCGCACCGUGUCAGUGGAGAGCACAUCCAGCGUCUCACAGCCAACUUUCAAGAAGGCACCCAACAACGCCCUUGUGCUCCUCUGGCCCAAGGACAGGGCGUCUGCUUAACGAGCUAGGCCCGUGGGAAGCAUUGGUCUCCUGGAAACAACACCUUGCUUCUUCAGCGACAGACGGGCCUGCCAAUACAUGGCAUGUGCUAAAUAAUUCUGCAAGUAGGAUUCUCCAGAUGCCUUCAAUGCCAUCACCAAUGAUGCAACACUCGUACUCCAAAUUUAAAUAAGGAAUACCCUUGAAUAAGCCUUGCUAGGACUUUGCAACAUCAAUUACGAGUUCGCCACUGUCCUUAUAAUUAAUGUAACAUAAGGUAAAAAAGAAAAAGUUAGUAUGAUCACUGUGGAUUCUCAUAAAAUAUGGUUGGAGGAUCAGCACUAUGAAUGGAGGCAAGCAGAGCUAUUCAUUACAUGUCAGCUUUGGUUUUACAUAACUGCAUUAAGAAAGAUAACUAUGGAUUUGAAAAUCUGUCAUGUAGGCUCAGCUGUCUUGAAUGACAAGCGUAAGCAUAAAAAGAAAAACAAAGGGGGUAGGUAUCAUCUGCAACCACCACCCCAUCUUUAAUAAAGACAUGCUGACUUCCUCCAUUAAUGGGACCAGCGGAUUCGAAAACGAAAGCAAAGCACCGACUUCCAAGUAAGGUGUUACUUUAAUGCAAUGCACAUAUGCGUGAGUCGGCAUGCCUAUAUUUGCAGACGACUUACUGUGGCAGUAAAGGGAAAGCCACAGGGAUGAAGCUUUUGCGCCUGUGUUUACUGUGCCAAGCAAUCCGGCAGUGUUUGACGGCGCUUUUAGUUUCUUAGAACAGAUACUGAACCAGCGUGGCUUCCACAUGCAACGGUUUCGCAUUUGCCUAAACGCAGAAGUGAGAAGCAGGAAAAUAGUUUAAAUUUAACACUAAUGGGUGUACUUUAUCUUAUUUUGCUGUUGUAAAUAAAAUGCUUAUGCUUUCUCUUCUCCUGCUUAAGCUAACGCAAAUGAAAAUGUGGGACUUUCUUCGGGAACGCUCUUGCGUGCGCUUUGCCUUGGUAGCUUUCACUUCAUUGCCGCAGGAAGUAGUCUGCGAGUAUAGCAUGCGUGCGGUGUCCCAACGCAACUGUGCAGAGAGUGCCAGUUUUCAUGUGUGCGGCACAUUGAAAUGAAACCAUUGUUAGAAAUCGGCACUUUGUCCACUUUGAAUGUGCGCUAGUGAUGCACCAGUUACACUAGAGACGUUGCAAGCAUGUGGAAAAAAUCCUACUUGUGGAAUUUUGUAAAUUGUCUACUGAAAGGACACCGAGCACACAGUGACCAAGCUGACAAAGUGCGAAACUUGUAUCCUAGGUUUAUAUACAUUGUUGCUCUCUCAUUAUAUAGAUAUAUAUAUUUGUUUCUUUUCAGACACUGCUUGUAAGCGAUGUUUAUGCUACAGACAGCAAUAGAGCUAUUGGUGGGUUGUUUUGUAACUGCAGAGUUCUUUAAUGUUAGAAUGUUAAUUCAGCACCAGUCUAAAACCCACUUUAUGUACUUUAAUUGUCAUUGUUUUUGUAAGAUGAACAAGUGCAGCGUGCACCUGUGGAUCAGUAUGUCCCACACACACCACAAAUGUGGAGCAAUAUUUUUUGUUUUUUUUUUUCCUUUUCUGCUAUUUGAACAACCGUGAUCAUGUGGAACUGUGCUGAACGUUACCACUCUGGGAUUUCCUCCUCUGCUUUCCUUCUUGUUAUUAAAUGGGGGCAAAAGCGCCCAGUAUAUUCUCUCCUACUGUAUCAGUGCACUACGAGUACCCGGCGAAUGCGACAGUACUGUAUUUCCAGCCAUCACGAACUUGCAGUAUAAGUGGCACCGAAACCCUCUGCCAACUGUCUUGUUACUGGUGGCUAAACUUCAAUCUCCAGGUUUCUGGUGCAAUCGGCAAAAACGUUGUCAUCUCUUGUCUUGGAUACUAAGUCACCAGUGUCCGCAAUGUUCCAGCUGUCAUUGAGGCACAAGCUACAUCCCACAUAUUCUUCUGCCCAUCGAAAGUAAAUUUUAUAUCGUAGAACAAACUUAGCCACGACAAACACAUCUUAACAAAAUGAUUUCGUGGCCAGCUCUGUAGUCCCAUUUGCAGGCUCUUUAUACUUCCUUUCAGAACGGAAAAGUUAUCGUUCGUGCCAUUCGUCACGGCUUCUUUCUCUUGUCUGUAGCAAUCAUUUAACUAUAAAUAAUGGUAUAUGAGCUAAUGGUAACAAAAUGCUUAAAGGGUCCCUCACCAGGUCUGGCCAUUUUGAGCUGACAAGUGCAGUAUGUACAAUUGGUGCUAAUAAUUGUGUCUGCUAAUUAUUACAUCCCUACACGCUGUGGAAAGAGCUUAAAUUUAAAACCAAAUGGUGUUUGCCCUUCUCCUCGUGGGUGCCGCGCUUCCCAGCAGAAGAGUCGACGUCAAUUGCACGGUUUUGCCUAUGUACAUGGCUGUGCUGUGAGAUCAAUCGUAGUGGAACAUGACUUCGAGAAUUAUUCAACACAACAUCGGUUAUUUGCUUAAUCUGUUGCUUCAAUAGAUGAAUUAAAGUUUAGAGAAAUAGUAAAACAUAGGAACCAAAUGUCUGCGUGUUUUUGUUUUACUUUGUAUCGUAUCAAGAGAGCUGUCCUUCCGUUUCGUCUGCUUGUUCCCACAUCAUGCAGUCGCGUGCACAAAGAACAAAACUAUGUCAUUUUCUGCCAUGUUCCAGCGCCGUGAUCGUGUGCUUUCAUCCUCUCGCGUCUGCUUCAGUCCUCGUGAUUGUGGCACUGACUUAUACCGCUAAUCAGGUGUUCUAUUGCAGUGCGUGCAAAAUCAUCCGCUCCGCGAAACGAGCAAACACAGCAGCUCGCGCACAAGACCAUCCCCAGAAGUGCACCACUCAGCAAAAAUGCGAGAGAGAUAAAAAAUAAAAAGGCGAGGCCUUAUGACGUAUUCAUCACACAAUCUUAAGCUCCAGUCUGCGAGAACUGAUGGGACGGAAUUUCGCAUUGUGGAGGCUAGACGAGACAAGUGGAGAGGGUGUCUUUGUGGGCAGUGGCACUCCCCUCCUGAAAUCGUCGGCUUGCGGCACUUCAAAUAUUUCCACAUCUGCUAUUAAUGAACUAUUCUGAAAUUUUUUUGCAUUAGAGCACUCCUUAGAGGGCAUGUAACGACUAAAAUUUGCCAUGUGGCCUGGUGAGGGGCCCUUUAAUAACAGCCUGACAACAUGUUGGUGCCUCCCUCCUUGCCACCUGUAUUAGCUCCUAUAACCUUGGCAGUUCCAUGUUGUACAGCUGUACGGAGACAGUCGUGUGUGUGAACAGAAUUAGCAUUGCUAGCUUCACUUCGAUUGUGACAACACCUUGUUUCUGAGGCAGAAUAUUGUGGUGAGGUCCCAAGUUGCGCUAUACGGCUUCUAGCAGCUUCUAGCUUUUUGCAUCAAACUUGCAGGACCUGAAUGGCUAUAUCUUCACAUUGCGUAUACCGGAUGUUGCAUUUGUAGGAGAGCUCUGGUGUAAAUAGCUCUUGUGGCUGAAUCUUGGGCUAGAUUGCGCUCAGAUUUUUGCCCAGACAUGGUGUUUCGCCUGGCAGCAGGUUUAGGUGUAGGUGGUAUCUACUUCCUGUUUCAUCCAGAAUAAGUGCAGGCGCGCAUGUGGCAUUUCCGGACAAAAAGUCUGACUUUUCUUGGCGCAAGAAACAGUGGGUGCAUCUGUUGCCAAGAGGAUAAAACCAUGGCGGGCGUUAAUAUGCCCUUCUGUGAGUUUAGCGGCAUUGUUUCUUUCACUGAGAAAAAGCUACUUUUUUUCGUUCAGCACUGCUGCUGAUGAUGCGAGUUUGCAGCUUAUACUAGACAAAACAGGCGGGUAGUGCAUCUAAAGGUCGGAUUAAACAAAAUUCACCUUGCAAUGCCACCUCUGUGCAAAACCUUGGUGCUAACAGAAAAGCAGUUUUACUCGAAGAGCCUUUUGAGCUUCAUUGAUAAAAUAUUUGAUACAUGAAACAAGUGCAUUGUACAAUGAGAUAGCUAUCAUUGAACAGAGGAAAUGUCAGUCUUUGUUAUAGAUUUGUGCUUUAACAUGCAUUUCGAGAUUCCAGAGCAAUGUGACGAGUAUAUGCUUGCUUCAUACUAUUUGUGUACAUUUUAGACGACUGAGUGCUGAAGAUGGAAGUGUGUUCUAGUUCACUGCGAAGGUAGAGGAAGGCAGAAGGUUCAGUUCUGUCAUAGAGAAGCACAUAGAAUAGUUUAAUGAGUAAUCACCCCAAGUAACUGUUACUGGUACUGGAUCUUUAUUAUCUUGACUUUUGGUGCUAAAUGUCAUUCCGAAAAUAUUGGGGUUCCUACACAACAUUGUAAAUAGUACUGUUGUUUAAUGUGCUGCUGAGUGUUUUGUUUUAUAUUUUAUAUAUACGAGACUGUCCAAAUGAGUGCCUUUAAGCACACUGUUGCAGCGUGCCUUAGUCAACUAUGUGAGCUUGUGGCUUUUUAAUGCAAGUUUGGUAGCAAUGUUAAAUGGGGGGGUUAUGCAAGCAUGAAACGCAAUUUUUGUCACUGUUUCAUGACCAAUACUUUCUUCUUUUGAAGAUUUUCUUGUAGUUUUAACCAUGCAUUGUAUACCAUAUUUGUGCUGAACAAAGUAUUUCUACACGUAGCUGUAUAAAGGUAUAAAGUACUGCGAUGACAUGUACAAGUCAUAGUUGUAGGUAUUGUUUUGGUGACGCUGAGGAAUGCUUCAAGCUAUGCAAAGUGAGGGUCAAGUGUCUGUUGAGUGAGUAUGCAUGGAAACAGGCUCGUAGCAGGCAUAGAGCAAACUGAGCUACUAACUAAACAAAGAAAACCUUUAGUAAACCUUUUCUUUAUGGAAAAAUGGACGUGAGAACAGCUGCGCUUUAGUGAUAAGCUUUUCCAGUCAAUAAAAUUUUAUGCACAGCAGUACCCAUGACCAAAUAGAGUUGGACCUUGUUACAACACUCAUAUUAGACAAAGGAUGCUCUCAUUAUAUUCAAUAUUAGUUAUAAGCAUAUGUUCAUUGCAUGCUGAUAUCGGUGAGAAAAUGUCAUACUUCAUAAUUCCUGACAAUUUGUUCUAUCCAUGUUUGUUAUAUCAACAUUCAACUGUGUAACAGUUCCUAAUCCUGGAAUGGAUUAGCAUAGUCGACACUCGCGUUUUCGAGUACCAUUGUUUGCUUGAAUCUUGACACAAAAUUGGAAGAGCUCAAAAUCUGAAUUCAGCAUGUAUUUGCUUGAAAAUCUUUUGUUUCUAUGCAGACAAAUAUUUUUUGAUGUUGUGUGUAACGGUUACAGCUUGGGUCCAAAGUUGUGCUCAUCAUGUGAUGCUAUCGAAAGGACAAGUUUAGAAUGCAAAAGGCUGCAGUGUGUUACAUCGAGGUUACGAAAAAAAAAAAAACUUUUGUGAAGAACAAUCUGUCUGCUUUGAGCGCUUUGUGCCUUUUCAAAUAUGCACUUGUACCAUUUUUCUAGCUCUGUGAUGCCGUCAUGCUGCCUACUAAUGUUUCGUAAAUUUGGAUGCUGUUCGUUUUCGUGUUGUUGAUCAGCAGCCAAUAUUUAUCUGCCCUGUUGUAAAUAAAGAAUGAUUUGCACAAUCGC